AAAACAAACCAUUCAUUUCAUUUUUCAACUUUUGGGAUUCCCAAACCAUAUUCUCACUUCUCUCUCUCUCUGCCCAAACCCUAACCCUAGUCUGCGUAUCCCUCGAUCGGCCGGCACUGUCUCCAUCCUUCGACCGGCGGCGAGCGACGAGCAGCGGCGGCGGCGACGACUGAGGUUUUUGUGUCUCAAUUGAAGUGUUGCAAGAAAAUACAACCAUACUGAGCUAAAUUGAACAAAAAGAUGGGGAUCAUAGAAAAGAUUAAAGAAAUCGAAGCUGAGAUGGCACGAACGCAGAAGAAUAAAGCCACAGAAUAUCAUCUUGGUCAGCUCAAGGCAAAGAUAGCAAAACUAAGGACACAAUUAUUGGAGCCUCCAAAAGGUUCUAGUGGAGCUGGAGAAGGUUUUGAAGUUACAAAAUAUGGACAUGGACGUGUUGCACUAAUAGGAUUUCCGAGUGUGGGGAAGUCAACUCUUUUGACACUCCUGACGGGAACACAUUCAGAAGCUGCAUCAUAUGAGUUCACAACUCUUACCUGCAUUCCUGGGAUUAUUCACUAUAAUGAUACUAAAAUUCAAUUACUUGAUCUUCCUGGAAUUAUUGAAGGUGCUUCUGAAGGCAAGGGGCGUGGUAGGCAGGUUAUUGCUGUUUCAAAGUCAUCAGACAUUGUGUUGAUGGUUCUUGAUGCCUCAAAAAGUGAGGGACAUCGGCAAAUAUUGACAAAGGAGCUGGAAGCUGUGGGCCUGCGUUUGAACAAGAGACCACCUCAAAUAUAUUUUAAAAAGAAAAAGACUGGAGGUAUCUCUUUCAACAGCACAAUUCCAUUAACCCAUGUGGAUGAGAAGCUUUGCUAUCAAAUUCUACAUGAGUACAAGAUUCACAACGCGGAGGUAUUAUUUCGUGAGGAUGCCACAGUGGAUGAUCUCAUAGAUGUUAUUGAGGGGAACCGCAAGUACAUGAAGUGUAUAUAUGUCUACAACAAGAUAGAUGUUAUUGGUAUUGAUGAUGUGGACAAAUUAGCCCGACAACCAAAUUCUGUUGUCAUUAGCUGCAAUCUAAAGCUAAAUUUAGACAGAUUGCUUGCAAAGAUGUGGGAGGCGAUGGGGCUUGUGAGAGUUUACACAAAGCCGCAGGGACAACAACCUGAUUUCACAGAUCCUGUGGUUCUCUCUGCUGAUAGAGGUGGCUGCUCAGUUGAAGAUUUCUGUGAUCACAUACACCGGAGCCUAAUGAAGGAAGUCAAAUAUGUGUUGGUGUGGGGCAUAAGUGCAAGGCACUACCCACAGCAUUGUGGCCUUGGCCAUGUUCUUCAGGAUGAGGACGUCGUUCAGAUUGUUAAAAAGAAGGAGAGGGAAGAUGGAGGCAGAGGCCGAUUCAAAUCACAUUCAAAUGCACCUGCUCGAAUAUCUGACAGAGAGAAGAAGGCUCCCUUGAAGACAUAGUUGUUAGGAUUGAGAGGCUAGCUUGGAAUUUGUGGUUUCACAUUAAAUGGUGUUUGCUUCCAUAGAUUUUAUAUGUUUGGAAGUGAUUGAAACAAGUAACUUGGUUUUUGCAGAGGAUCAUGGAGCUGCAUUUCUUGUUGUUAAAUGAACCUGAGUGAAUAUUUCUUGCCAGGGUUCUUUGCAUUCUUCUACAUGAAAAUGGCUUAUUAGUCACUUUUCCUUUGA